GCCUGCCGCCUCCUACCUCCACACCACACGCCAUCGGUAGGUUAUGGCGGGGGAUGGCAAUUGCUCCAGAGAGGAUGCCAUCCCUUCCGGUGGAGACUCACAGGGAAAUGGUAUAGCAGAUUCUCCUGCAGGAAGUGCGCCAAAGCUAGAAGGUGCUUCGAAUGCGAGCGGUGAUGUACAAGUAGGUGGUAAGGGAGAACCGCCGACAGCUGCGCGGAAGGCUGGUCCAGGGGAGUUUGACCUCUUGAAAGUGAUCGGGAUGGGAGCAUUCGGCAAAGUGCUGCAGGUGCGAAGCCGGAGGAAUGGGCAAAUUCUCGCUAUGAAGUGCAUAUCGAAGAAGAUGCUUGCCAGACGCAACCACACGACUUAUAUGCAAGCUGAGCGAGACAUCAUGACGAAGGUGGUACACCCGUUUGUGGUUGCGUUGCAGUGCGCCUUUCAGACGGAACAUAAACUCUUUUUGGUUAUGGAGUACCUCCCUGGCGGUGAACUUUUCUUCCACCUCAGCAAAAAGGGAUUAUUUCUAGAGGACUACGCUAAGUUUUACGCGGCGGAGAUGGUGCUAGCCCUGGAGUUCUUGCAUGGGAAAGGAAUCAUCCACAGAGACCUCAAGCCUGAGAACCUGCUGUUGGGAGCGGAUGGACACAUUUGCGUGACCGACUUCGGGCUGGCGAAGGAGCUAACACACGAUGAAGACGAGGGCUUGAAGACCAUAUGUGGGACGAACGAGUACAUGGCUCCGGAGAUGAUCCUUCGCAAAGGCUACGGAAAGGCAGUCGACUGGUGGUCCAUGGGGGCGUUGGUGUACGAGAUGACAGCGGGAUACCCCCCAUUUCAGGGCAAAACACCGAAGGAUCUCAAUCGGAAGAUUCUGAACGAGAGGGUUUCUCUCCCAAAGUGGCUUAGCCCGACUGCGCAUCAGGUACUGCGAGGAUUCCUUGAACGGAAUGUCAGCAGACGGCUCGGCGCUAAGAAGACGACAAUGUUCGACAUUGGAGGUGCCACCGCCGUGAAGCACCAUCCUUUUUUCGAAGGAAUCGAUUGGGUAAAGCUUGUCGCGCUGCAGGUUGAGCCCCCUUUGAAACCAGAGUUGGUCAGCACCACUGAUACCAGUAACUUUGCCACGGAGUUCAUUGACAUGGCCCUCCCCAGAUCUCUUUCCCAGGAGUCUCUGUUGAGCCAUGCAGGAAGCCUUGAACCACCUGGUUCGGAGGAGGUUGGAGGGAUGUUUCGUGGGUUUUCUUUUGUGGCUGAUAGCUUUAUCGAGGAGGGUGACUGGCAACAAGGUCAAGGAAAUGGCUUUAGCUUUGCUCAGGGGGGAGGCGAUGGACCAAGUGCAGGGCCUCCGAAAAAGGUCAAGGGCAAGCGCAUCAGAAAGAAAGGGAAAGCGAAAGCGAUGCAGGCAGGGGCGUCGGCCAAGGCACCGGACGUGCCGACAGAGAGUGCUCGGAGCGAGCAUGGAGACGAGGAUAGGAGCUUGCCGCUCUGCGGCGCUGUUCGCGAACAGGAUGUCCCCAAGCCUGUGUUCGUGCGGGAACCUGUGGGCGGAGUGGAGUCAAAGCCGUCUACUCUAGCAGCCUUGCUGAAAGCGCAACUGAAGGACAAACCACCGAACGCGGCCGUGAGCAAGAAGGAGCCUUCCCGGGCAAACGUGUGGGGUGUCAGCAGCCUCCCGGCACCUGCCCCAGUUCCGAUACCGGCUGGCCCGCCCCAAGCAAAAGGCCGACCUUCGCCUGCACGAAGACUUCCGACACAAGAUUCAAAGGGUCUGCCUGGGCACCAUGCAGACGCGAGUGGAACUUUCGUGUGGAAACGGCCCGUUUAGAGAGUUGUAGAGCGGUGGUAUGACCUGGUAUGUACCUCUAGCAGUGAGUGUGGUGAGGUGUCCACUUCAAGAGCGGCGAACAAGAUAGUUGCACCAGUCUGUGUUGAUGGCGUUACGUGUGUUGUGUCGUUAGGUGUGUGAGAACGGGUGUCGCGUGAACCCCACUGGGUAGGUAGUCCGUAGAUACGUGCCUAAACCUAAUUCCAGGCGCCCGGAAUAUAGAUGUGAUGGGAAAAAAAACGGAAAGAGGAUUGAAACGGGUUUACUGCUGUUGUGGAAUAGAAGUAUAUGCACAUGGCUCUUCCAGCGCCCUCUUUGUACACUGGUACGGUUUAAUGUGAUGUGCUGGAGUGAUAACUCCAACACUAUUAGAGGC